ACCAACUUCGAGUGAUCGUGAUUAAUGAUAAAUUUAAUGAUCAACUUCUUCGAUUGUUGGAAAGGGAAAGGAACUUAGAAUCAAAAUUGAUAUUUCAAAGUUCCAUGACUGACUUUAUGUGGAUGAUUUUUUUGAUUAACUGAGUGAAGUUGAGAAAGCAUUUGAGCAUAAAGAUAUUGAUGAUUACAAAAAAGGUGAAAUUAGUAGCAAAAAGGUGAAAUUAGUAGCAUAAAUUUUCUGGUCAUGCCUUGACUUGGUAAUAUGAUUUACAACAAGAUCAACCUCGAUAAGGCAAGGAGAAAAAUAAUUCAUGGGAGAAUAUGAAGAUAAAACUACGCAGGAAGUUCUGAACUAUGCUCAAACCUUGUAUUCAAAGGUGUCAAAAUCUCAAGCAAGGGAAAAAAUCAAUGAGUGAGUAUACUGAGGAGUUUCAUAUUUUAACACGUACGACAAGUAUAUGAAUGAUCCAAUAUUAAAAGCUAAGUUGGCUAAAGGGAUGGGGCAUAAUUAUUACGGAGAACUUGCAUGGCCCAAUGAUCGUUUAUAUAUCUUUCUAGGAGUAAUUUUAGGUACUAUUGUAUGUAACGUGGGUCUAGUUGCUCUAGAACUUUCAAUGAUUGGUGAACCAACGGAUCCAUUUGCAACUCCUUUGAAAAUAUUACCCAAAUGGUACUUUUUUCCUAUAUCCACAAUACUACGUAUGGUACCUAAGAAGUUUUGGGUGUCCUUUUAAUGGUUUCCGUACCAAUGGGAUUAUUGACAAUACAUUUUUUGGAGAUUUAGAUACUUUUUCAGACCCAUUGUCUAUACUUAGUAACAAUCACAAUUUAUAUUCAUUUUUCAUGACAUUUUGUAUGAAUCGACAUGGUCAAUUUAAAAAAAAAAUUGCGGGCCAAGAUCUUCUUUCUAAAGAGAUUCAUAACUAUUAUAUGUCCAAGGUCCAAUAUUGAAAUUAUUUAAAAGGUUUUCCCUAAUGUUGUCUGUGUCAAUAAACAAUUUGAAAUACCUCGAAUUUUUCAGAACAAGUCCAAGUCAAAUAGCAAUGAUUUGAAUAUUCUUUUUACACUAUUUCGGAAACCCAAGGACUCGAUCGUAUCGAUAUAUAAAAAACAAGAUUUCCAUUCAUAGCAAGAAAAUGAGGGAAACAGAUCCUCAAUUUAAAGUGAGUAAACAUAAUUCCAUACUCCAUCCAUAAAUACAAUAUGGGGUCAAAAAGUCAACAUAAGUGAUUCAUUUUUAGCCCUUAUAAAAUUGAUUCUUGAACCUUUUUUGUGCUCACGUCAUGUUGAGGUACUGCAGAGCAGCAGAAGAACAAGCUCCAAAAUAUGUCGAAGUAUAAAAUUCCUCAGUAUACUCACUCAUUGAUUUUUCCCCGACUUGAGAUUUUUGACACCUUUUAUAUAAGGUUUGAGCAUGGUUCAAUGAUAAGAACUUCCUAUGUAGCUUUGUCUUCAUCUUCUCUUGUGAAUUAAUUUUCUCCUUGCCUUGUCGAGGACAAUCUUGCUGUAAAUCAUCCCACCAAGCCAAAGCAUGACCAAAAUUUUUUAUUGCUACUAAUUUCACCAUUUUGUGAUAAGCUAUAUCGUUAUAUUCACAUACUUUCUCAAUUUCACUCAAUUAAUCAAGAAAAUCAUCCACAUGAAGUCGGCCAUGGAACUUUGGAAUAUCAAUUUUGAUUAUAGGUUUUAUUUCCCUUUCCAACGAUUGAAGAAGUUGAUCAUUGAAAUCAUCAUUAACCGGGGCCACCCGAGGUUGGUUAAGAAUGAGAUGCAAAUUAUCUCUUUCACCGUCGUUGUCUUGAACUCCAACACCGGUCUUCAGAUUCUUUCCACACCGAAGCUCCCUAAACUCCUAUGUGAGUUUAUCUACUCUCUCAAUUAGGGCUUGAACUACUCGAGUCAACAAGCUCAAUUCUUUUCAGGUUGCCUCUUUUGAAGUUAUUGAAAUUGUUUUGAUACCACUCGAUGCAAUUUAGGGCUUGAUUCUUCAUAAAUCACCACCUUAAUUCAUAGAAAUUUUAUUAAACGACACAUCUUAAGGGGACCGAAGAGUAGAGAAGGAAUAAAAAAAAUCACAAAAGCAAAACGCAAUCCACCUCCCUAAAUUAUUAACUCAAAGUUCUUUAGAAAAUAGCUAUUGAUCUCCCCUAAACCCUUCAAUAUCAAGCAUUUAAGUAAUUCAAAAACCCUAAAAUGCUCCUAAAAAUUAUAGCCAUCCAUUCUAUUUAAUCCUAGCCACCCAUUAUUAACUUAAAAAACAAAUGACUAACUUUGCCCCUUAUACAGUAAGCAAUUACAAUUGAAAUAAAAAGAUAAAAGUCCAAAAUAACUUCCUGUAAUUACAAUAUUGGCCCCUUUUGGCCCCCAUGGUUUUACGACCCUUCUUUACCUUGCCAUGUAUUAUUGGUUGUCGUUGGGGCAUGGCUGCGUCACAAAUAAAAAGAGAGCCUUUAUACCAUUCAAAGAAUAUAUAUCUCACUGAUCAGCUGCAAAAGAUUCCGGUUGUUAGUGAUAUCAACAAGGAUUUUGUUAUUGAGACUCUAAGGUCAAUUGCGGAGUUAGUGACAUAUGGUGACCAGCAUGAUCCAACCUUUUUUGAGUUCUUUAUGGAGAAGCAGGUCAUGGGAGAGUUUGUACGUGUUCUUAGAAUCAGUAGAACUGGGACUGUUGCUCUUCAGUUGUUACAGACAAUGAGUAUUAUGAUCCAAAAUUUAAAAAGUGAACAUGCUAUUUAUUACAUUUUCAGCAAUGAGCACAUAAAUUCUCUUAUAACUUAUAAGUUUGACUUCCGAAAUGAGGAGCUUUUAGCAUACUACAUAUCCUUUUUAAGAGCAAUCAGUGGGAAGCUGGACAAGAAUACAAUAUCUCUUCUGGUAAAGACACACAAUGAUGAAGUAGUUUCUUUCCCAUUGUACAGUGAGGCAAUAAAAUUUGCUUUUCAUGAGGAGAACAUGAUCCGUAUUGCUGUACGUGCUCUGACACUAAAUGUCUAUCAUGUCGGAGACGAAUGUGUGAACAGGUUUGUCACCAGCCCUCCUCUAUCAGAUUAUUUUUCUGAUCUGGUCACACAUUUCAGAAAGCGGUGCCUGAAUUUGGAUGGAUGGUUUUCUGAUGCUGCAAGGAAUUCAGGGCCUUCUCGUACAACUCCUAGCAUUGUUGGUGCCAUGGAUGAAAUUGAAGACAAUCUCUACUUUUUCAGUGAUGUUAUUUCUGCUGGGGUUCCCUUGCUGGGAAAUUUAAUUACUGACAAUAUCUUACAACUUUUGGUCUUCCCAAUGCUUUUACCCUCUGUUAAGUUGGGGUCUGUCAGUGGAAGCCAGAUAAAUAUGAUUACGUCUCUAUAUUUACUUUGCUGUAUAUUGCGUAUUGUCAAGUUCAAGGAUUUGGCAAGUUCUAUAAGUGCCUCUUUAUUAUGUUUAACUGAGGCAUUUACGCACUAUAUGGAAGUGAAACCCAAUGGUUUUGCUUCUGGUUAUAUUGGUUCACCUGAAAAUCAACAACUGAGCUUUGUCCCCUGUGAUGGGACAACUGGCCUGAGGGACUCUACGCAAAGUCCUCCUGCUUCUCCCCCCUUAUAUUCAAUAGAAGAACACCAUAGUAAGGGUAAUACACACGGUUUGUCAUUCAGGGAGAUACUGUUAUCUUAUGUUGUCAAUGGGAAUGAAAUACAAGUUUUGGGUUCCUUAAGUUUGCUUGCUACUUUAUUGCAAACAAAAGAACUGGAUGAGUCAGUGCUGGAUGUACUUGGUCUUCUUCCCCAAAGAAAGCAACAUAAGAAGCUAUUGCUGCAAGCUUUGGUGGGAGAGUCCUCAGGGGAAGAGAAGCUGUUUUCACGACAGAGUAGUCUGAGUAACGACGAUAUUUGUAAUGAACUUGAUGUUUACCAGCAAAAGCUUAAGGCCCAGUAUGGAUUUCCUUGUUCAGGAAGUGGCAAGGGAAUUAUCCCUUCCGUGCAGAGGUAUCAGGUGCUUGAUGCUUUGGCGGGUCUUCUUUCCCGCAGAUCGCUCCUCUCUGCAGGAACAUUGUGGCAUGCUGGAUGGCUAUUAAGGCAGCUGCUUCCUUGUGGUGCACAUGAAUUUAACAGCAAUCAUCUCAAGUUACUCAGCGCUUCCUACGAGAAAUCUGCUGGUGAUCUUCUUGCAGAGAUUAAAGGAAACUGGUGUGAUGUGCUUAUACGAAUUCUUAUAGAUGAAUGGAAGAACUGCAAAAAAGCAAUUGAGGCAUCGGCUCCUCAGUAUGAUCUUAAACGUGUUCUCUUAUCAUAUUCACCUACUUGCAGUACUGGUGAUGAUUCAUCCUUUGCCUCUGGUGAAAGAUUGUGUGACAAUGUAAAGGUAUUUAUAGUUCAUCGUCAGCUUCUUAUCUGUUCCAUGGGAGGGAUGUUGCCAGAACAACCUCAUCUUGAUGCUCCAACAGAUCCAUCCACUGACUCUAGGGCUAAAAAAUCAGGCCUUGAUGUUACAGGCCCAAAGCCUGGGAUUGAGAUAAAUCUAGUUGAUGCAAUGCCUUGUAGAGUUGCAUUCGAGAGAGGCAAAGAACGCCACUUUUUCUUCUUGGCAGUGGCCAAGGGAACCUCAGGUUGGAUCUUACUAGCAGAAGAGUUGCCACUUAAGCCACAGUUCGGAGUUAUUCGGAUAGUAGCACCCUUAGCAGGCUCUUGUCCUCGAAUCGAUGAUAAACAUUCUAAAUGGUUACAUCUACGUGUUCGCCCAACAAUGUUUUCAUUCUCUGACCAUGCAAAGUCAAAAGUCUUGGGAAAAAUGCGAACCAAAGCUUUGGUUGAUGGUCGAUGGACACUUUCUUUUAUGGACGAUGAGUCAUGCAAAUAUGCAGAAUCCAUUGUACUUGAGGAAUUGCGGUUACUAAGAAGUGAGGUGGAGAAAAGGCUAAAACCCUUAGUCCACCUUGAAAGGUUUGAACACUCACAAGAUCCCUUAGAUUUGGUUUCAGAAGCUUGGCCACCAAAUCAUUCUUUGUAGUCAAGAGUGUUGCAUUUUCAUUUAUUGUUUGGUUGGGGGGGAGGUGAUAGUAUUAAGCUUUUCGCAAGCAUUUGCCUGUCCGCCAUUUUGUAAAUUAUAAGUUCCAUUUUAAGGCAGCCUUGGAACACAAAAAUAUAGAGUUUUGUAUCUCAGUUUUCGAACGCAGAAAUGUGGAGCUGUAUCUCACCCGAUGUAUCGAUGUCAUUCUUUGUACAUUAGCCUUUAUUGAUCAUAAUUAAAUUCAGCUUGAGUGCAUA